AAUAAUCUUGUCCAGAAAAUCAGGUUAGCAAGUGUACAUAUACUUUCUUUGUGAUUAAUUAGAUUCCUUAUUUUGGAGCCGCUUGUUAUAUAUUGUUUCUCAUUUGGUUAUUAAUGGAGUAUGAUGGUUUAUAUGAUUUCUCUGCAUGCUUUCAUUCAUAUGCCUAUAUGUUUCUACUUAAUUAUACUUUCAUACUUUAUAUUGACAUGCAACUAUAUAUAUGUAUACUCAUUAAAACUUUAAAUACACAUUUCUAAUAUAUAUUGAGACAAUAGUUCAAUUACAGGGCAUGCAUACAAAAAAAAAGCUAUAUAUAUUAUCAUUGCAUUCAUCAACUUGUUAUUGUCACAUAUGUAUAAAAAAAGAAAAAAGGUAUUGUACAGAAAGAUGUCUAUAAAAAUUUUAUAUGAUUUUUCUUGACAGAAGAGGAAAUGGAGAAGAAGGAUUUGAAACGAGAACAAGAAUGCACUUUUGAUGGUUCUGUAGAUCGUCAUGGAAGACCCGCCAUUCGAUCAAGAAGUGGAACAUGGGGUGCUGGUAUUUUGAUACUUGUGAAUCAAGGUCUUGCUACCCUGGCAUUUUUUGGAGUUGGUGUGAAUCUAGUGUUGUUCCUGACGAGAGUGAUGGGGCAAGACAAUGCUACUGCUGCAAACAAUGUGAGCAAAUGGACGGGCACUGUCUACUUGUUCUCUCUUCUUGGGGCUUUCCUCAGUGACUCAUAUUGGGGUCGAUACAAAACUUGCGCCAUUUUUCAACUCAUAUUUGUCAUUGGAUUGGUUUUGUUGUCACUGUCAUCAUACUUGUUCCUAGUGAAGCCGAGCGGUUGUGGGGAUGGGAAAACUUCUUGCGCACCUCAUUCCACUAUCCAUCUAGCACUAUUUUAUGUAUCGGUUUACCUAAUCGCCCUUGGAAAUGGAGGCUAUCAACCCACUAUUGCUACAUUUGGAGCCGACCAAUUUGACGAAGAUCAUCCCAAGGAGAGCCACUCAAAAGUUGCAUUCUUUAGCUACUUUUACUUGGCAUUGAAUCUGGGAAGUCUUUUCUCAAACACCGUGCUCGGGUAUUAUGAGGAUAAGGGCAUUUGGGCUAUUGGCUUCUGGGCAUCUGCUGGCUCUGCUACACUUGCACUGAUUCUGUUCCUGCUUGGAACACCAAUAUAUAGGCACAUCACACCAAAAGGCAACCCUUUUUCAAGAUUCUGUCAGGUUCUAACUGCAGCAUUUAGAAAAUGGAAAGUUGAAGUGGCCGAUAACGGAGUUUGUUUAUAUGAAGUACAAGGAAGUGAUCUUGCUGAUAAUGGAGGAAGAAAAAUACUUCAUACACAGGGAUUCAAAUUUCUAGACAAAGCUGCUGUAGUGACACAAGAAGAUGAUAACAUUAUUAAUCCAUGGCGGGUUUGCUCUGUAACACAAGUGGAAGAAGUAAAAUGCAUACUAAGACUCCUCCCGAUUUGGUUGUGCACUAUCCUCUACUCAGUGGUGUUCACUCAAAUGACAUCCCUUUUCGUGGAACAAGGUGCCGCAAUGAAAACAACCCUCUCGGGCUUUCACAUACCCCCGGCCAGCAUGUCCAGCUUCGACAUUCUAAGUGUCGCCUCUUUCAUCUUCAUUAGUCGCCGCAUCAUCAUUCCCAUUGUCUCUAGGUUUAGAAAAUCGGGGAAUGGCCUCACAGAGCUCGAGCGUAUGGGCAUCGGCCUCAUCAUAGCCGUGGCUGCCAUGCUCUCCGCGGGAGCUGUCGAACAUUUCCGGUUGAAAUAUGCGCGGGAAUCAGAGGAGGAGGAGUCGUCGAGCAGCUUGAGCAUAUUCUGGCAGAUACCACAGUACGUGUUGAUUGGGGCCUCGGAGGUCUUUAUGUAUGUUGGACAGUUGGAGUUUUUCAACAGUCAAGCACCGGAUGGGUUGAAAAGCUUCGGGAGUGCUCUUAGUAUGACUUCGAUUUCGUUGGGGAACUAUGUCAGCAGCUUGAUCGUCAGCAUUGUGAUGAAGGCCUCCACUUCUGAUGAUAUGCCCGGUUGGAUUCCUAGGAACCUUAACAAUGGGCAUUUGGACAACUUUUAUUACCUAUUGGCAGCUCUUACAACUGCUGAUUUUGUGGUCUAUGUGUUUUGCGCAAGAUGGUACAAGUACAUAAGGUUUGAGGACAGAAGUAGUAGUAGUAGUAAUAGAGGGGUUGUUAAUGAUGUGCUUGCGGUAUAAUUAAUUAAGCAUCUGUAUAUUUAUUUAUUUUCAUCUAUAUAUCAUACCAUCUAUGUGUAGUGUAUAUAUGAUGAGGACCGGAAUACCAUCAUCAUCAUCAUUCUCGAUGGAUCGUGUGUUUAUGUGGAGAUGUAGUUGCAAGGAAACUUAGAGGGAGGAGUGCUCAAACUUGGUUUCUUAACUCCUUUUAAGUGGAGCACUUGAAGUUGAAGACAUUCUUAAUGUAAACGUGUUUAAGCUUUCCAUUUUUUGUUGUUGUUUUAUUUAAAGUUUUUGCACAUAAGUACAUUUGAAUUAACUAUUCUACUUUGAUGAUUCACAAUNAAUAACAUUGAAA